AUGGAGCCUUUUGAGAUUGCAAUAAGCGACGAGGUACUGGAGGAUCUGCGCCGGCGUCUGCAACACGCCCGGUGGCCUGACGAGAUGCCCGGCACCGGGUGGGAGUACGGCUCGAAUCUUGAUUACAUCAAGGAGCUGGUUGAGUACUGGCGGACGGAUUUCGACUGGCGGGCCCAGGAGAAGAAGCUCAACGCGUUCAACCAUUUCAAAUCCGAAGUUGACGGGCUGAACAUUCACUUCAUCCACGAAAAGGGAGCCGGCCCGAACCCGAUGCCGCUGGUGAUCACCCACGGUUGGCCCAGCACGUUUUUCGAAAUGACGAAGAUCAUCCCGCUGCUGGCGGAUCCGGGAAGCCACGGCGGGGAUCCGGCGGACUCCUUUGACGUGGUUGCGCCCUCGCUGCCGGGGUUCGGGUUCUCGCAAGCGUCGCAGGAACCGGGAAUGCAGGUGCAGAAGGUGGCGGACCUGUGGGCCAAGCUAAUGACCGAGAACCUGGGCUAUCCCAAGUUCGCCGCGCAGGGCGGGGACAUCGGCGCGGGGGUCACCUCACGGCUGGGUUACGCCCACUCGGACAAGAUGAUCGGCGUGCAUCUGACCUCCAUCACCCGGCCCACCCCCUACCUGGGACCGGGAUCCCAUCCGUUGACAGAGGCGGAACAGGCCCACUCGGACCAGCGCGAGCGGUGGCAGCAGAGUGAAGGCGGGUACAGCCACAUCCAGGGCACGAAGCCGCAGACGCUGUCCUACGGGUUGAACGACUCACCGGUUGGGCUGGCGGCGUGGAUCGUGGAGAAAUACCGGACGUGGAGCGACUGCAAUGGCGACGUGGAGAGCGCGUACACCAAGGACGAGUUGCUGACCACGGUGACCAUCUACUGGGUGACGCAGACCAUCGGGUCAUCGGUGCGGAUGUACAAGGAGAACCAGAGCUCAGUUUGGGAGAUGGAGCAGGACGAAAGAGUCCCCACGCCGGCGGGGAUGGCGAUGUUCCCGCAGGAAAUCGCCAAACCGCCGCGAGAGUGGGCGGAGCGGUCGUGGGACCUGCGCCGCUGGACCCAGAUGCCCCGGGGCGGUCACUUCGCCGCGCUGGAGGAGCCGGAACUGCUGGCCCACGAGGUGCGGGAGUUCUUCAGGCCCUUCCGCAGCUGA